AUGCACCUACACCUCCAUCAGCACCUGUCCAUUCCAUUCAAUGAUGUUGAAGGAACUUGCCUUGAGCCUAGUGAAAUCCACGAAGGCACGGUCUCCGACAUGUACCACUUCUGCGUGAAGUAUGGCUUGUCACAGGUCUGGGUGUAUAUGUGGAAUCAGUGGUACUGCCCAGAGCAGUGGAAGCUCUGGGCGCAGUCAGUCUCAUUUGAGACACCCGUGUUGAAGUUGACGAUGAUUGUCGAGAGCCUAUGGCGGGUUCUGAAGCAUCGUGACCUGUCAAACUUUAAUCGGCCGCGACUAGAUCUCGUUACAUACAUCAUUUUGAUGAAGACACUCCCUCGCGUACAGAAUUGGAUCCGCAUCAUCCUUUCUCACCCAGGCUGCGGCAAUGCAAUCACGGAGUGGCAAAAGGACUUCCAGACCAGCUGGCUUGACCUCUCAAAACUGGAUGAGCAGUGA